AUGGGAAAGAGAGGACAAAAACAGAACAGGUUCUUGAGAAUCAUCACCAUGCCUCUAAAAGUACUAUGCAAAGCUCGUGAUCUCUACAUGAGAAGCAUCACAGGCUGUGCAGCUCGAACUCACUACUCUUCAGCCGUCGACGCCGCCUCGGUUCCAUUUCCGAGAAGCCGGAGCACUUCCUCAGCCUUCUCCUCCUCCGCUGCCUCUUCCCGGAGAAGAUCUUCUGAUUACACCUUUGAUGAUGACUAUAGCGAGCUUCUUAGAGCUGCUUCGGCUAGGAGUUUAGGUCAUAAGAACGAGAUUGAUAUGAUCAUACAUCAACAGCUUCAGCAGCAGCAGCUGCGGCAGAAGCAGCAGCUGGAGAAUCGCGUUGCGGUUGGAGCGGUUGCGGUUGCAGUUACGGGAAAAGGCGGUUUGCCGAAGAGUUCGAGCGUAGGGAUUACAAUGGCGAGGAUUGAUGAAGAAGAAGAAGAAGAAGAAGGAUCUUUUAAGAAGGGAUCUGAGAUCUUAUUAUAUCCUCGUAGUAGAUCACAUGCUGUUACCAUCAGAGGAUCCAAGUUUUAAUUUUACUAAUUAUCUAAUUAAGUUUUCAU